AUGCCUGAUGCAGAGUUGGUGGCGUCUACGGUUGAAAAUGUUCGCGUGGUGGUACGAGUGCGACCUAUGGACCAGCGGGAGAAGCUGGAAGAGGCUUAUAAUUGCGUGUCCGUAGAUUCUGUGAAUAGCACCAUCGCAGUCACUAGAAGCAAUGCGUCGCCGCCUGAACCCCCACGCAUUUAUGCCUAUGAUGCUGUUUUCGAUAGCGACACUAGCCAGAUGGACAUCUACGUGCAAACGGCGAGCCCCAUCGUAGAGCAAGUGGUGCGUGGCUACAAUGGCACGAUCUUCGCGUAUGGCCAGACUGGCACCGGCAAGACUUACACAAUGGCCGGCUCCAACACGGCGCCCGAGCUGCGCGGCAUCAUACCCAACUCCUUCGCGCACAUCUUCAGCCAUAUCGCCAAGGCGAAGGAUGACGAGAAGUUCCUCGUAUGCGUGACAUACCUGGAGAUCUACAACGAGGAGGUGCGCGACCUGCUGGGCAACAACCCACACCAGAGUCUUGAAGUUAAGGAGCGGCCUGACAUCGGAGUCUUUGUAAAGGACCUUACAGGUUACGUGGUCCACAAUGCGGACGAGUUGGAGAAGAUAAUGGCCGUUGGUAAUAAAAACCGGCACAUCGGUGCCACUGCGAUGAACAUCGAGAGCUCCAGAUCCCACGCCAUCUUCUCUAUCACUGUGGAAAGCAGCAAGAAGGGCGCCGAUGGGAAAACGCAUGUUAAGAUGGGGAAAUUGCACCUUGUGGACUUGGCGGGUUCAGAGCGCCAGAGCAAAACCCAAGCGACGGGCACACGGCUGAAGGAAGCGACGAAGAUCAACCAGUCGCUGUCGGUUCUUGGUAACGUGAUCUCCGCGCUGGUGGACGGCAAGUCCACGCACAUCCCGUACCGGAACUCCAAGCUUACCAGGCUCCUGCAGGACUCUCUUGGCGGGAACUCUAAGACUGUUAUGAUUGCAACGAUCGGUCCAGCGGAAUCGAACUACGUGGAGACGAUAAGUACUCUCCGCUACGCGAACCGCGCAAAGAACAUCGAGAACAAGACUCACGUCAACAGCGAACCCGGAGACGCUCUGCUCACUAGGUUCCAGCAAGAGAUUGACCAACUUAAGAAACAGCUGGAGGAAGCUGCCAACGAAAUCGAGGAAGAGGGGGAGGAAGAAGAAAUCAGCGAGGGUGAGCUCACCGACGACACUCUCACCGACCCGGAGCUAGACACACUCGACCCAGAAGAGAGGAAAAUCCAACGUAGGAUUAGAAGAGAAGAGAAGGAGAAGCUGAACAGAGAGAAAGCGCACCAAGCGCGGAAAGUUCUAGAAGAAAAGAAGGCUGAGUUGCAGAGGACCAAAAAACAACAAGAAGAGUUAAAGGAGAAACUGCAGCGCCUAGAGUCGAAGGUGCUUGUAGGCGGCGAGAAUCUUCUGGACAAGGCUGACGCUCAGAGAAAACUCCUCGAGCAAGCUGCAAAGGAGUUGGAGCAGAGACGUCUCAACGAGCUCCGUCUGCAGGAAGACUUGCAGAAGAAAGAGGCCGAGAGGUUGGAUCUGGAGGAGAGGUACUCGAGCCUGCAAGAGGAAAACGCUGCGAAGACAAGGAAGCUCAAGCGCGCCGUCCAGCUGCUUAACUCCGCUAAGGCGGAGCUGGCAGACCAGCAACGCGAACAACAGCGAGAAAUGGAGGGCAUAUUAGACGGAGUGCGUGCCUUGCGCCGCGAGAUACAACUCGCCGACCUCGUGCUGGACUCCUACAUCCCUAAAGAGUAUCAGGCGUUAAUCGAUAAGUACGUGCAUUGGAACGAGCAGCUCGGCGAAUGGCAAGUGAAGUGCGUCGCGUACACCGGGAACAACAUGAGCGCACCUCACCAGCGGGCGUCGCAGAAAACGCACAAACACGUGGAGCCACCGGAUCUAUCGGACCGCUACCUGUCCUACUCGGCUGUGAGCACUCGUCCAAGCACUAGACUUGCGAGACCCCAGUCUGCGGUGCCACGGCCCCAUACAACGGCAAUACGCCAAAGACAGUAG